GCGCAAUCUGGAUUCUUGUCUCCGCUUUGUCAGGCUUUGCCGCUAGUUGUGAAGCAGGCACACGCUGCUAUUUCCUGGCACUUAACCGGGAAAGAGAGACGGAAAACAAUUGGCAAACCCCAACAACUACCGGCAUUUCAGCUAAGCGUCUUGCCUCAAGUGCGCAAGCGCUGCAGCCGGCCGUGCCAGGACUUGUAGAAGAAAGCGCGGCGGCGGGGGUCACGACCCGUGACUGUGGCUCCGGGGGUGGGACCACCAGGAAGCAGCCGAAUUCCCGUCCCGGUGCCGCGGCUCCUGCAAUGGCGAUCUUUAGUGUGUAUGUGGUGAACAAAGCUGGCGGCCUGAUUUACCAACUGGACAGCUACGCUCCACGGGCCGAGUCAGAGAAAACAUUCAGUUACCCGCUUGAUCUACUACUUAAGCUACAUGACGAGCGUGUGCUGGUUGCCUUCGGCCAGCGGGACGGCAUCCGGGUGGGCCACGCAGUUCUGGCCAUCAAUGGCGUGGACGUGAACGGCAAGUACACGGCCGAUGGGAAAGAGGUGUUGGAGUACCUAGGCAACCCUGCUAAUUACCCGGUGUCGAUUCGAUUUGGCCGGCCCCGCCUCACCUCCAAUGAGAAACUCAUGCUGGCCUCCAUGUUCCACUCGCUGUUCGCAAUCGGCUCCCAGCUGUCUCCUGAACAGGGCAGCUCAGGCAUUGAGAUGCUGGAGACAGACACGUUCAAACUGCACUGCUUCCAGACACUGACAGGGAUCAAGUUUGUGGUGCUGGCAGAUCCUAGGCAAGCUGGAAUAGAUUCUCUUCUCCGAAAGAUUUAUGAGAUUUACUCGGACUUUGCCCUCAAGAAUCCUUUCUACUCCCUGGAAAUGCCCAUCAGGUGUGAGCUGUUUGACCAGAAUCUGAAGUUAGCCCUGGAAGUGGCAGAAAAGGCUGGAACCUUUGGACCUGGGUCAUAAUCUGAACCUGCAAUGGACCCCUCGACCCCUACCCCCUACCCCCAAAUUCUGCAGAGAUCCUGCAGCAGGGAUCCUGUUGUUUCCACUCCAAGGAGAGCCCAGCUGCCUUGUUAAUGCACUUGAAAAUGGGAGGAUGCUGAGCCUGAUGACAUGUACUGGUCCCUGAGGCUUAAUACCAUGCUGUCUUCCCCCCUGUACUUAUCAUGGUCCUACUUCCCAACCCUGUACAGAUUUAUUUAUGGAGGGAGUAGGCCUAUACAUGCUGUAAUAAACAUUCGUUCGAUCUGUG